CUCCGGCUCCCUGUGUGCUCCGGGGUCAGUCCCCGCCUGCAGCCCCGGGGUCCGGAGGGGACCGGCCCGGCCCGGCGGCAGGAUUCCUGGUCCCUGACUCUGGGAUCUCCGGGAUGGAGAACGGGGACGAGCCGUGUGUCCGGGAUCUCCAGGGCACCGAGGAAAGGGAGACACUGGCCGUCACUUGCACAGCAGGUGCAGAAGCGAAGGAGAAUCCCCAGCAGGAAGAGUGUAUGGGAGCGGACCCACACGGGAUGCCCCAGAGCCCCGAGCGGAGAGAUGCUGGCCGGCCAGGAUGGCAGCAGGGAGACUCCGUGGAGGAGAGACCUGAUGAGUGUGAAGCGUAUGGGAUCCCUGAAAACAUCAUUAUUUUGGAAACCACCUACAUGGGAGAGAGACCCUAUAAAUGCCUUGUUUGUGGGAAAUCCUUCAGCCAGAGCUCCCACCUUGUCCAGCAUCAGCGGAUCCAUACCGGGGAGCGACCCUACAACUGCCCUGACUGCGGGAAGAGCUUCAGCCAGAGCUCCCACCUCGCCCAGCACCAGCGCAUCCACACCGGGGAGCGGCCCUACCAGUGCGUUGAAUGCGGGAAGAGCUUCAACCGCAGCCACACGCUGGCUAAGCACGUCCGCACCCACAUGGGGUCGCAGCCCUACAUCUGCCCUGAGUGCGGGAAGAGCUUCAGUCUCAGCUCCCUCCCUCAGCACCUGCGAUCCCACCUGCCCGGGAAGCUCUACACCUGCCCUGAUUGUGGGAAGGGCUUCAGCAGCAGCUCCAACCUGGCCCAGCACCAGCGCACCCACACGGGCGAGCGGCCCUACAAAUGCUCGGACUGUGGGAAAGGCUUCAGCCAGAGCUCCAACCUGGUGAAGCACCAGCGCACCCACACGGGGGAGAAGCCCUACAAUUGCACUGAGUGCGGGAAGUGCUUCACCCAGAGCUCCACCCUCAUCCAGCACAGGCGGAUCCACCGGGGCGAGCGUCCCUACAAGUGUCCCGAGUGCGGGAAGAGCUUCGGCCUCAACUCGUCGCUGGGGAAGCAUCUGCGCAUCCACACCGGGGAGCGGCCCUACGAGUGCACGGAUUGCGGGAAGAGCUUCAACCUGAGCGCCAACCUCAUCCAGCACCAGAGGAUCCAUCGUGGAGAGCGGCCCUACAAAUGCCCUGAGUGUGGGAAGUGCUUCAAUCUGAAGUCCACCCUGGUCAAACACCUGCGCACCCACACGGGAGAGAGACCCUAUAAAUGCACCCAGUGUGGGAGGAGUUUCAUCGACAGCUCCAAGCUCAGCAAACAUGCCAGGACCCACGUGGCAGAGCAGUCUCCGCAGAAGGUGCAAUAAGGUCUUGCAUAGCUCUGUCUUGGCCCUGGUGCGACUGCUGCUGGAAUAGUGGUACUAAUUCUGGUGACCACAGUUCAAGAAGGAUGUUCAUAAAUUGGAACGGCGUCGGAGAAGAAGGAUUAUGAGGGGUCACUAGAAUGAUGAAAGGAUUGGAAAACCUGCCGUAUAAUGAUAGAUUGAGCUCCUUCAGUCUAUUUAGCUUAACAAGGAGCAGAUUAAGGGGUGACUUGGUUACAGUCUAGAAGUAUCUCCAUGGGGAACAAAUCACUCUUCAGGCUAGCAGCGAAAGGUCUGACUCGAUCCAAUGGCUGGAGGUUGAAGCUAGACAAAUUCCGACGAGAAACAAGGCACAAUUUUUUAACACUGAGGGUAAUUAGCCAUUGGAACAAUUUGUCAAGUGUCAUGGUGGAUUCUCCAUCACCAGCACAUUUAAAACCAUGUUUUUCUAGAAGAUUUGCUCUAGUUCAAACAGGGAUUAAUUCAGGGAAGUUCUUUGGACUAUGAGACACAGGAAGUCAGACUAGAUGAUCACAAUGGUCCCUUCUAGCGUUGGGAUCUAGGACUCUGUAAUGGACAAUGUUUCCCAUGGCGAGGCCAGAAAUUAGAUGCCCCAAAUGAAUCUAUGGCUCUGAGUUGCCCAUAGAUUUCAAGGGUAGAAGACACCAUUAGAUCAUUCUAGUCUGACCUCCUGUAUAACACAGACCAGAAAAACCUCACCCAGUGUUUCCUGCAUCCAGCCAAGAAGCUCAUGGUUCCACUUGAAUGUGGCCAAGAUUUUUCAAAAGCGACUAGUGAUUUUUUUUUUUUUUUUUGGUUGAUCAGCUUGAGACCCCUCUUACCCUCUUAUAGCGGGAUGGUUUUCAAAAGAUGCUGAGCGCCUGCCCUCUGAAAACCAGCCCCUUAAUAUGUCUCCAAGAAACUUAGAACUGGAAGAGCCCUCCUGGAUCACUGAGACCAUCAUGGAAUCCUACUCCGAGACUUACUCAGAUCCAUCUUCAAACCAGUUAGGCUGUUUGCUCCUAGUGGGAGGCUGUUCCACAACCUCCCUCCUCUGAUGGUCAGGAACUUUCUCAUUUCCAGCCUACAUUGAUUCCUGGCCAGUUUGUCCCCAUCUGUUCUUGUGACAACAUUGUCCUUUAGUUCAAUAGCUCUUCUCACUCCCUGGUGUUUUCCCCAGGGUAUAUUUAGAGAGAGCAGUCAGAUCCCCUCUCAGCCUGCAUAUUAGGUAGGUUUGGAAGGGUUAGCUCUUUAUUGUAAAUGUCAAUUUCACCACACACACAAACCAUCAACAAAAUAUUUCUAUCAAUAAUAAUUGAAAUGUACAAAUAGGCAAAGUAAGAAAAAUGCUGCUUGAGAACUUAUUAGAGUCAAAAUCCAAUGAUUUAGAUUAUUGAAUUGGGUUUGUUACAAAUGGACUGACAAAUGAAUGGUAAAACCAGGUAUGAUUUGUUGAUUUAAGGAUAUAUAGUUUGUAUAUUGUGAUGUGAUGUUGACAAUUUGUGUUUUAAUGGUUUAUAAAACGUCAACUUUUUGAAUCUCA